AUGGAAAAACGAGGCAAUCUCAUGCUCGCAAUCCAAGUGCGCUCUUUCAACACCUACUUCUACCUCCUCUCCACCUCCAUCCAGCCCCCUCGCUUCACCCCCAACAAAAUAACGGGCGUCCUGUUCGAAGACAAGAUCGACAACACUACCUACUUCGGCGACUCCGCCGCCCUCAUCCAUGGCAUCCACAUGGUACCUCUCAACCCCUCGAGCGCAUUUCUCCGCCCCCGCGGCUUUGUCAGGGAGGAGUGGGACGCGCUGCUCUCGCGCGGCAGGACGCUGGAGGACAGCGUCGGGGGCGGGUGGCAGGGCGUGCUGCACGCCAAUCUUGCGCUCGUGGAUCCGAGAGCUAGUUUUAGGUUCUUUCGUGAUGGAGUGGGCGGGUUUUGGGAUGAGAGGUGGAUCGACGGUGGGGCGUCGAGGACUUGGUACUUGGUUUGGGCGGCCGGGUUGGUGGAAUUUAGUAGGAGUCGGUAG